AGUGGGCGGGUCGUGUUGGCGGUGCGCUCCAGUGAACCGUGCUGGGUUGUGGAAGGUAAAUCGGUCUGUUCUGGUUAUUGUUAUCUUACGUAGGAAAUGAAAGUUUAAAACGGUGUUGUCGCUGGAGGCAGGAGUGAGCGAGCCCCCGAAUGUCGAUUCCCAACCGUCCUCCUGCCUGGCUCGGUGUCCGUCCCCGGCUCCAGCAGGGCAGACUGCACAGAAAACAUGAAGGCUGUUAUUCUGGCUGCUGGCUAUGGUACAAGAUUGAAUCGUGACCUACAGAAUGAUAGAAGUGGACAUUUCAAACAUCUCUGUGGCAUUCCCAAGCCCCUUCUACCAGUAGGAAAUAAGGCACUUAUCAGCCAUUGGAUGUCAGCAAUAGAAAAAAUUGACUGCAUUGAUGAAGUUUAUGUUAUUACAAAUGAUCUUUAUUAUGUGAAGUUUGAAGAAUGGGCAAAGAAGUUUCAACGAGUUAAAGUUCUAAGUGAUGGAACAAGAAGCAAUGAGGAACGGUUGGGUGCUGUAGCUUGUCUUCAACUUGCCAUUACUCAGUUUAACAUCAAUGAUCAUGUAUUGGUCCUAGGCGGUGACACACUAUUCUAUGAAGACUUUAGCCUAUCUGUCGUUCUUGCACGAUUCACUGAGUUGCAGAGUAUUAAUUGUGACAACAGUUUGGUUCUAUCUUACUUUUGCAAAGAUGAAGCAGAAACAACAAAGUUUGGCAUUUUAGAAACUGAUGAAGAGUUCCGAGUAACUGCAUUUAAAGAAAAACCCAGCUCAACUGAAACAACGUCUCGCAGAGCUUGUCCAUGCUUCUAUGUAUAUUCAAAAAGCACAAUACCUCUGAUUGCGAAAUUUCUUCAAGAAAAACAAAAUUCACCCUUGGAAGAGAAGGAUGCACCUGGCCAUUACUUACAUUGGGUCUACUCAAGGAAACCAGUGUUUGUUCAUCAUGUAAGUGGCCGGUUUGAUGUUGGAAAUCUUCCAUCCUACAUUGACUGUACCAAAUAUUUCCAGAAGCAUGGAGAUGAAUAGUUGAUUUGAUUGAAAAACUGAGUCAAAGGUUUUUAAAAUAGCUCUGGUAAAUGAGCUUUGUACAGCAUGUGUUCUUAACCUUUCAUUAUUGCCUUCAAAAGAAAAUGGUUAAUGGUUUAAAAAAAACACAAACCAUACGUUUAAAUCCUAAUCCUACAUAGAGACUUAAUGUUUGAAUUACUGUUUUUUAAAAAAAUUCUAUUUUUGUAGGAUAAAUCAGUGAAAGUACAGUUGCAGUAUGAAAUUUCAUUAUGAAAAUAUCCAAACAUUCCAGAAUAAUGUUACUUUAUGAAAAAAAUAACUUUUUAAAUAAUUCAGCUAAAAGACUGAAGCCAGUUAUAAUUAUUUAUAUGGCAUUUGCAUGAGAAAAUAUGCUGAAAUGGUGAAGUCAGAUUUUCUAAUAUUUGCAGUUCACACUGUUCAUAUGCCUCAUGUAGAAAGCAAAGCACAGAGGAAUCAGUUUGCUGGGCUGAUGUAAAGUGCCCAAGAAUGACAGCUUAAAUGGUCUCAUUCUGUACUACAAUCUUGCAACUUUUAGAAGUUAAGAAUAUUAAAGAAAUCUAGAAGAAUAUACAGUUUGGGGAAAAAACUAGCUUCUUAAGAAUUGUAGUUAUGAAAUUAAUUGCAGCCAUAACAUUUAGACAAUAUUUACAUACUUCUAUGGCAUCAAUUUGAGUAAUUUUAAGAACAGAUUUGCCAAUAUAAGAUUGUAAAGUUAAACUGAGUAGAGGAAUUCUGGAAUCAAGGUUUGAGUCAUAUCAACAAAGUUAAAAUUUAAGUAAUCAAACUUUAAGAUAAAUCAAGUGAAAAUUAAAUCUUUUUUGAAAAAGAGUGAAAUACAUUUUUACCAUUAUUUAACAAGUAAUGUACAAAUGAAUUUACAUUAAAAUACUUAAAGAGCAAAUAGAAUUUUAAUGCAGAAUUACUGUUCUUGUUGCUGUUUUCCCUCCAGUGACCAUU